AAAGUCAGAGAGAGAGAGAGAGCUCACUGUUUGAUUAACCCAUAGUCAAUAACAGACACCAGCAACACUAGACAUGUCAAUUAAAAAUUUGAAACUUUUGACUAAAGAGAUUACAAUACCGUAAGGCCACUGCUAAUACUUGACAAAGAAGCUACAAAAUUUUCUAUUUCUCUUCCAUCUUCCAAUGUGUUUAAAUAUCAAAUCAAGUGAAGAGGGAAAGAACAUGAGAUUGCAUAUAAAAAAACAGAAAAGAUCCAAGCUAGUCCUUCUUACAGUUACCACUUUAUCAUGAACACAUUGUUUUAGCUCUCUCUCUCCUCUCCUUCUUGUGUCGUGUUCUGCAAAAAAAAUUUCUUGAAAAUAUAAGUAUCGAAGUGUCAGUGUUGUGUCCGUUUCGGUGCUUCUUAGGUCUCUUUCAUCAUCUAUCCUAUAGUUCUUAUUCCUCCUAGAAGGCAACAUGGGUUCAAAACCUCAUAAGCUUCACAUCUACUUCUUUCCCAUGAUGGCUCAUGGCCACAUGAUCCCAAUGGUAGACAUGGCCAGACUAUUUGCUCGGCAUGGUGUGAAAGCAACCAUAAUUCUAACACCCCUCAACGCUGCUCUCUUCUCCAGAACAAUCGAAAGGGACAGAGAAACCGGCCUUGAAAUCAGUAUCCGCCUUAUUAACUUCCCUUUGGUAGAAGCUGGGCUCCCAGAAGGAUGUGAGAACCUUAGUUCCGUCACUUCUCGGGAAAUGUCCCCCAAAAUCUACAAGGCCACUGAGCUUCUUCAAGAACCGUUUCAACAGCUCUUUGAAGAAGACCACCCCGAUUGCCUCGUGGCUGACUUGUUCUUUCCAUGGGCUACUGAAGUUGCCAACAAGCUCGGGAUUCCAAGGCUGGUUUUCUAUGGAAUCAGCGCCUAUGCUCUUUCUGUCUACCAUGCCUUGCGCUGCCAUAAACCUUACCAACACAUUGAAUCUGACUCAGAAGACUUCAUUGUGCCCGGCCUUCCAGACACAAUAAAGUUGACAAAACGGCAACUUCCGGAUCACAUGAGAGAAGGAACUGAAAACCACUUAACCAAGAUGAUCGAAAAAGUUAUAAAAUCAGAGCUGUCAAGCUAUGGAGUAGUUAUAAACAGCUUCCAUGAGCUUGAACCGGCAUACUCAGAACACUUCAGGAAGGUCCUAGGAAGAAGGGCAUGGCAUAUUGGUCCGGUCUCACUCUGCAACAGAGACAAUGAAGAUAAAUCUUGUAGAGGAAACCAAACCUCUAUCGAUGAACAUGAGUGUUUGACUUGGCUUGCCUCAAAGAAGUCUAACUCGGUUCUAUACGUGUGCUUUGGAAGCUUGUCCAGAUCUUCAACUGCCCAGCUACUUGAUUUGGCAAUGGGUCUAGAAGCUUCAGGGCAGCAAUUUAUUUGGGUGGUAAGGAAGGAGAAAACAGAGGAAGAGUGGUUGCUGGAAGGGUUUGAGAAGAGGUUGGAGGGGAGAGGCUUAAUAAUAAGGGGUUGGGCCCCACAAGUGCUAAUACUCGAUCAUGAAGCGGUUGGAGGGUUUAUGACUCACUGUGGAUGGAACUCGACACUGGAGGCAGUGACAGCAGGAGUGCCGAUGAUCACAUGGCCGCUCUUUGCUGAGCAGUUUUACAAUGAAAAGUUGGUGACAGACAUACUGAGAAUAGGAGUUGGAGUAGGUGCUCAGGAGUGGUGUCAAUGGCCCGAUGAUAGUAAGGUAUUUGUGAAGAAGGAAGACAUAGAAAAGGCAGUGACUCGACUAAUGGUUGGGGAAGAAGGUGAGGAGUUGAGGAGCAGAGCAAGGGCAUUGGGAGAUAUGGCAAAGAAGGCUGUUGAAAAGGGUGGAUCAUCUUACUCUAAUUUGAAUGCUUUACUAGAAGAAUUGAAGUUGAAGUGCCCCUAAGUCCUUGAUUUGUUUGCACUAAAUUUGUUUUUUUUUUUUUUUAUUGUUUUUUGUUAUUUAAUAAGUUUGCACUAAAGGAUAAUGGGUAAUUUUUACCUUCCUUUCUAAAAUAUUAAUAGUUUUUUCUUUUA